AUUGGACAUUUGUCUGCAGAAUAAUUCAUUGGAGACUUUGCAUUGCCUGUUUAGUGAACAUACAUACGUAAAAAGUACGUACAGUUCAAUGAUUAGAGAUAAUAUGUUAUAGUUUCUAACAAAGACGCGUGUAAGUGUCUAUCUUGAAGUAAAAAAUUAUGUAUUCACUUGAACUCUGUUUAGACAAUUCUUACAAGUACUUGUAUUCGUGACAGAUCAUCUCAUCUCAAAUAUCUCAGAUAAGUUGCCAGCAUAAUUUCACUUCAUUGUGAUAGCAUGGAUUCGGACAAGGAGAAUCUGCGUCUCUCUGAUAUAUCCAUGGCCAACAGUGGUACUUCUCUAAAUGUUGGCACGAUGGGAAGCACUAAAGGAACUGGUUGUUACAUCAGUAGGCUCAUUGGAUUCAUUCUUGCGUUCCUCGUUGUAGCGGUUUGCGUAUGCGUUGGCCUUAUUGUACAUUUUGCGGCACCUGGUCGCAAGCUCGCGUGCGAAUGUAACUGCGGUGAAUGGAAUACAGUAGUGCCGCCCCUGGCCUCAACCAUGUUGCCUCCUUCUACGGACAGACUCCUCGGGAUAUGCCAGAAUGUGUCAACUGAAAUAGAUACCUGUUUUUGCCCAAAGCCCAAACCUCCAGAAAUCCUACCUCCCCCAACCCCUCCUACAAGACCAGAUGGACUGAGACUUCCAACAAAUAUCAUACCAUCCCACUACAACAUUGAACUACAACCAAACGUGUAUGCGAAAGAUGAAAAUGGCGACUUCCAAUUUACAGGAAAAGUAGAUAUUAAAGUGACAUGUGUGUCAUCUACUGACCAGAUCAUUCUGCACAUUGACGAGCUCACUGUAAACUCGGUGUCUAUCAAAGAUAGUGCUAUGAAUGAAGUCACGCCUGCUGGUUGGAGCGAGGACAAGGAGCGACAUUUCUUGGUUAUUGAUAUGGGGAGCCGUCUCCCUGCAGGAGAAUACACAUUGGGAUUCACCUGCAAUGGAUCCCUUGUAAAAUCGAGUUUCAGAGGAUUGUUUCUCAGCUCAUAUAAAACAAAACAGAAUGAAACAAGGUAUUUAGCUGCCACGCAAUUUGAAACAACAUAUCUUCGAAAGGUAUUCCCUUGUUUUGACGAACCUGCUCUGAAAGCUACAUAUGACGUCACUCUCGUAAGAAAGUCACACUUUUCGUCAAUUUCAAAUAUGGAAAUCAAAGAACAAAUCAAUAGGGAUGAUGAUUGGGUAGCAGACGUAUACAAGACUACAGUAAAGAUGUCACCCUACUUACUUGCAUUCGUUGUAUCUGACUUCAAGUCAAAGAAUUACACAACUAAAGCGGGAACAUUUUUCCGCCAUUGGGCACGACCAGAUUAUGUUGACGAAGGUUUACUUGAUUACAGCCUCGGCGUUAGUGGGAGAAUUUUAGAGUUUUUUGAAGAUUACACUGGAGUAAAAUAUCCUCUUAACAAAACAGACCAAAUUGCACUUCCCGAUUUUCGAUCUGGAGCAAUGGAAAAUUGGGGCCUCGUUACAUACAGGGAAACAUUGCUUUUGUACACCAAGGCUUAUGUAGGCACGAAUAGAAAGAUGAGAGUAACUGGAGUUAUUGCACAUGAGCUUGCACAUCAGUGGUUUGGGAAUCUUGUCACUUGUGCCUGGUGGAGUGACACUUGGGUCAAUGAGGCCUGGGCGACCUUUAUGACUGCACCCGCAGUCGACAACCUGACCGAGGUUAACUGGAAGUAUGAUGAUGAAUUUGUGCUACGUCAGAGGGUCCAACCAUAUCUAGUGAAUGAUGGUGGAUCGACGUCACAACCAAUAUAUGUUAAAGAUAUUGAACAUCAUAUUGACGUCAGGAAAGCGUUUAGUGGCAUUACAUACAACAAGGGUGGCUCGGUAAUAAGGAUGAUGAGAGACUUCCUUGGAGAGGAUGUUUUUAAAGCAUGUGUAAAUAAAUAUUUGACAAAAUUUGCUUACAAGCCUGCAUUCACAGAAGAUCUAUACGAAGCAUUCCAAGAGGCAAUCGAUACAUUCCCCCAAACAAGACUAAACUGGGAUAGUUCCAAGGUGAACUUUACAGACAUUAUGAAUACCUGGAUUCGACAAAUGGGAUAUCCUGUGAUAGAUGUUACAAAACACAACAAUGGUGUUACGCUGACACAGAAGCACUUCCUCUAUAAUGAAAGUGAGCCUUUAAGUGAGGAAUCAAUCUAUGGGGAUUACCUUUGGCACGUGCCAUUAACUCGACGAACACCUAAUGAAGAGGACUAUAUAUGGAUGUACAGAGAUAGAGAGGUGAAUGUUUCUACGUGGAACGACGAUACUUGGAUGCUGUUUAAUGUUGACCAGAAGGGAUUCUACCGAGUCAAUUACGAUGCUGUACUUUGGGGGAAACUUGUGAUGGCGUUAAAAUCGAACAAUAGUCAAAUAUCAGUUCAAAACAGAGCCCAGCUUGUAGAUGACUCGUUCAAUCUGGCAAAGGCUGGUCAGUUAGAUUAUGUAAUAGCCCUGAGGACGACAGAAUAUUUAAAGAAUGAAAGGGAGUAUAUCCCAUGGGCUGCAGCAUUGACUGGCCUGACUGAAGUUGAAACAAUGUUAAGAUACACCGAGGCAUACACAGAAUUCAGGGAAUAUGUGCUAGAUAGACUUUUACCAGUAUAUAACCUUACCGGUUGGAACAAUUCCGAUCCAGUGGAACACCAGGAAAAAUAUUUGAGAUCAAAUAUGAUUGCUCAAGCCUGCAAGCACCGCCAUCAACCAUGUCUCAAUGAGGCAUCUAAACUAUUUGAUGAUUGGAUGAACACUGGUAUAAACGAUAUCCAUCCUGACUUCAGAGGAACGGUUUAUUGCGAGGCAGUUCAAAACGGUGGUUGGAGUGAAUGGUCGCAUGUUUGGGAUCAAUACAACAGGUGGACCACCGAUUAUAUAGAAUUUGAGAAGGACCGCCUUAGGCGCGCUUUAGCGUGUACAAGGGAGCCUUGGAUAUUGAAGAAGUAUUUGGCUAUUGCGGUUGAAAAGCUUAAUGCAGCAGACUCUCCUUCUUCGUUGAUGGUUAGAGAAAUAGCUUCCAGAGAUAUUGGCAAAGGAAUAGUUUGGAAUUAUAUUCAAACGAACUGGGGAACUAUUAAUAGAAGUCGUUCCAGCAUUCUCUCGACAAUAACCUCUGGUUGGAACACACAGGAACAACUGCAAAUGUUGAAGUCCCUCAUUGAGAGAUAUCCUGGUACGUCUAGCUCUGAGCAAUCUGCCCUCAAUAGACUGGUAGUGCGCACACGGCACAAUAUCAAAUGGAUGGAGAACAAUUAUAUGAAUAUUCAUAAUUUCUUGAUAUCAGCAAAUAAAGGUGGCGCUGAAUCUAGCAUUGUAUCUGAGGGAAGAACCAAAAGAAAUGCAUUGUGGGUAGAAAAUGCGGACAUGUACCCGAUUGAGGAUGAUUUCUCUUCAGAUGACAAUGCUUUCUAUUGAGCUCAAUAGUGUCCUCAUAGUGUACGAUAGGAAUGAGAUAUGUGUUAACAUACUCAAUGAAGUAUAUUGUAUAUAUGUAAUAUGACCUGAAACCUUAAUCUAUAAAUCUGAGACUUAAUCUAUAUCAUAAAAUAAAGAUUUCAUCCCAUCUUAAAAUCACUUAAUUA